GUUGUACUUUUUACAGUGGCGCUUUUACAUUGCAGCUUCCGAGUCGAAUCGCUCAUUUCAUAAGUGGCGUGUGGUAACUGGAGUACAUCUAUUUUGAUGGAGCUUUAUGUGCAACAUUGUAACGUAACAAUUGUGUUGCGGCACUUCGACUUUUACAACGGAUACAAAGCUGAUGUUUCACCGCAGAUAGACCAAAACAAGGAUAGAAUCGGGAACGCGAAAUAAAGUAUUUUGUGACAAAAGGCGGCGUUGCAAAAUGGUUUUGGUAGUGGACUAACGUUAGUUGUUUUCAGUCUAAAUGCACGCCACCUAACUGUAAAAUUAACUGGGUAAUUAUGCUGCUACCUAUGCACUGAUAAUGGAUUUAAAAAUAGGAAACCGAAGUGCCGAUAGGCUACCUCACAAGCUUUCAAAAAGGAAAUAAAAGGCAUCAGUUGGAUUGAUACUGGGAAACAGGGAUAGGAUGGACGACUGAGAUGCCCUGCUUGGAAUCUUCGUUUUUUACCCUACCUACUCCUCUCCGAAGUAACCAACGUUGAUGUCUAAUUAGCCAGCCCAAGUACCAUCUCCUCAUCGUGCUUGAAAACCGCAAGAAAAAACAGACCUGUACGACCACUCACCCUGCGAAUCAUUCGGAUGACAGAACAUCCUGUUUACAAGAUACAGAGGAGAGGUUGAUUCGGUGUCAGACAAGGAAGCCGAGCACUUGAAAAUCUUCUCCACACUGACACGAUGCACUGCCAGCUUAGCAACGGAAGAGUGUACCAUAAACAGCGUUUGCAUGUUUGAGGCGAAAGCAACAGAUCCCUCGACACUAUGCUGUCCAGUUUGCUGAGAUGCGUUUCCCGGUGGAGUGUGCUGGAAGCGAAAGGAAGGUGUCAUGUCUGGUGACGGCGCUCCAUUGAUGAUGCUACAGGCUGUGCCCCCGCGCGGCUGGGAAGAAUGGUUUACUCAGCUGACGCGUCCCACACGGACGCAGGGGAGACCAACGCAACCUUCGACGUCUUCGGCGCGAGGCUUCUGAACCUCUCCGACACCAGUUCCGGAACGUUCCUCACCAUGGCCACGGUCCCUGCGGAGAACCACACCUUAGAGGGUGGGGCUCUGGCGGCCACCACCACGACAUCCCCCGGUGUCCAGGUCGACUGGGAGGGUGUCAGCCUGCCCCUCCAGGUGUUCUUCCUCAUUGCCAUCAUCGUCAUCCUGCUGGUAUCUCUCCUGGGAAAUGCCGUGGUAUGCCUAAUGGUGUACCAGCGGUCCGCCAUGCGUUCGGCCAUCAACAUCCUCCUGGCCAGCCUGGCCUUCGGAGACAUGAUGCUAGCCGUCCUGAACAUGCCCUUUGCGCUGGUCACCGUCAUGACCACCCACUGGAUCUUCGGGGAUGCCUUCUGCAGGGUUUCGGCCAUGUUCUUCUGGCUCUUCGUCAUCGAGGGCGUGGCCAUCUUGCUCAUAAUCAGCAUCGACCGCUUCCUCAUCAUCGUGCAGAAGCAAGACAAACUGAGCCCCUAUAGGGCCAAAGUGCUGAUUGGCGUCGCCUGGGUCCUCUCCUUCUGCUUCUCCUUCCCUCUGGCCGUGGGGCAGCCCCGCCUACAGGUCCCUUCCAGGGCCCCUCAGUGCGUGUUCGGCCACUCCACCGAACCCGGGUACCGGGCCUACGUGGUCCUGGUGGCACUGGUCGUCUUCUUCGUCCCCUUCACGGUCAUGCUCUACACCUUCAUGGGCAUCCUGGGCACGGUGCGACACAACGCCAUCCGCAUCCACAGCCACACGGACAGCAUCUGCCUCAGCCAGGCCAGCAAGCUGGGGCUGAUGAGCCUGCAGAGGCCCAUCCAGAUGAGCAUAGACAUGAGCUUCAAGACGCGUGCCUUCACCACCAUCCUAGUCCUCUUCUCCGUCUUUACCAUCUGCUGGGCGCCCUUCACCGCCUACAUCCUGGUGUCUACCUUCAGCAGAAGCUUCUACCAGAGGGCCAGCUUCUUUGAGACCAGCACCUGGCUCCUUUGGUUAUGCUACCUCAAGUCGGCACUUAACCCUCUAAUCUACUACUGGCGAAUCAAGAAGUUUCGCGAUGCCUGCCUGGACUUGAUGCCCAAGUACUUUAAGUUCCUCCCCCAGCUGCCGGGCAACACAAGGCGGCGCAUUCGGCCCAGCGCCAUCUACGUAUGCGGCGAGCACCGUUCUGUAGUCUAAAUCUCCUGACUGCGAAAGACACGGUGGCACUUGGUUUUCAUUUCCCCUAAAUUCCUGCCAUGCGAAUGUGUGUGAAUUCACAGUUAUGAUCAGCUAUUUAAAGUUAUGAUGCUGUUUAAGAAAAAAACGGAAAAAAAACAAUUUAGUUGUCUGCGCACGUUUUACAAAAACGUGUAAAUGAAAUGCUAAUAUGGACUUUUUUUUAUAAUAGUCACAACAAACUGUAACAUUUGUCCUUCUUGAUAUUUCUAUCUGAACAGUCUGUUUGUGCCUAUGAUUUAGUUCUAUGCCAGUCAGAAUGCUGCUGUAUCUGGUGAAAAUGUGCAAUUUCAGUGUACUGUACUUUUAUCUUGAAUGUAAUAAAAUGUAGACAUUUGUUACAUUGUUA